UGCAGUUACACUAGAAAUGUGUUUUGAAUGAAUCAAAAGCCAGUACAAUCGCCUCUCUUAGGAGUCUUCAGAAUUCUCUAGAAAAAGAAUGGCAGCAGAUAAAGCUGUUCAGCUGUCCAACGCUGUCCAAGAUGGCUCCAUUGAGAGGGUCCAGCAACUGCUGGAAGAAGGUGUAGAUAUAAAUUGUAAGAUGGCUUACGGCUGGACACCCCUCCACAGUGCUGUACAGGGAGACAAGGUGGAGCUUGUCCACUUCCUGCUUGACCAAGGGGCUGAUCCCUGUGCUAAGAAGGACAACGGUGCUACCCCUUUUAUUGUAGCAGGGAUAACGGGCAAUGUGAUGCUUUUGGAGCUCUUUCUCUCUAAGGGGUCAAAAAUCAACGAGCAUGAUGACAAUGGUUUCACAGCGUUCAUGGAAGCUGCAUGGUAUGGGAAAGAAGAAGCUCUGAGGUUCUUGCAUGACAGAGGAGCGGAUGUAAAUCUGAGGAGAAUAGUUGAUGAGGAAAAAAGGGCUUUGAAUAAAGGGGGCGCAACAGCUCUGAUGGAUGCAGCUAGGAGAAGUCAUUUCGGUAUUGUCAAAGCCCUCGUGGAUGAAAUGGGUGCUGAUGUGAACACCUGUGACAACCGGGAUAGGAAUGCUUUCGUUCAUGCUCUCUCAGUGACCAAAGACGAGCCCUGGAGCGCAGCCAAAGGGGAGGUGGCCUUUUUCCUCUUAGAGAAAGGGGCUGAUACGACCAAGAGAGGUGAAGGUGGGAAGACCACUCUUAUCCUGGCAGUGGAACAGCAGAGCCAAGAGCUAGUGAAGGCUAUAUUAGAAAAAGAUGAAGUGGACGUCGAUGACGCUGACAAAAACAGCCAAACAGCACUGAUGGUCACGGUGGAGAAGCAGAACUGCGACAUAGCAAGGAUGCUGUGUGAGAAAGGUGCCCGGACGGACAUUGGGAACCUCAUUGAAAUUGCCAAGAGGACCUACAACAAUGACAUGGCAAGGCUUCUUCGCCAGUAUGGUGCCAAGGCUAGUUUAGGCCAGCCUGACUCUAACCAGGUGCAGUGGACAUCCUCCAGCAGGCGCUGGGGAUCAGCACUCCAGGCCCUCGCUGCAAUGUAUCGUCCCAUGAUUGGGAAGCUUAAGAUCUUCAGGUAUGACAAAUUCAGGAUUCAGAGGAACUCCCAUGGUGGAGUUUACCUUGGAUUAUAUGAUGGAGAAGAAGUGGCCGUGAAGGUUUUCUGCGUAGGUGCAGAAAACGGCAAUAAAGAGAGGACAUGCGUGGAAAAAUGCCGUAGCAGCAACCACCUGCUGAAGUACUAUGGGUCAGAAGAAUGGAAGACCUGUCUCUACUUGUGCUUCACUCUGUGUGAGCAGAACCUUGAGGAAUACUUUGAGACAGCAGAGAAUACAGAUUUGAAGAGUAAGGACAUUCUUAAAACAAUCUUUCAGGCAGUGCAGGAGUUCCAUGCAUUUGAGUUUGGCCACCAAGAUCUACACCCAAGCAAUAUUUUGAUAGAUGCUACUGGCAAGGUUUUCCUUGCAGAUUUUGAUAAGAGCAAAAAAUUAGUUGGCAGUGAUUCUGAAAAAAAUAACAUAAUCACAGAAGACCUGAAGGGCCUUGAAAGGCUUGUCUUAUACAUUGCAAUGAGGGGCCAGACGCGUUUUGAAGAUUUGCCUGUCCAGUGUCCAAAGGAUAUAGUUGACAAUAUUGAGAUUGAAGACCUCAGGGCAAGUCUGGGAUCUCCUGAUGAAAAAACACCGAGUGAACAAUUGGUGAACUUGAUUCGGCAUCCUUAUUUCUGGAACAAUCAGAGGAAAUACAGAUUUUUAAGAGAUGUUGGGAAUGAAACACGUAAUGCCAAACAGAAUGAGGACAGCAGAGCAAUUCUGGAGGCUUUGAAUAGGGACAAGAACAAUUUCAAAGACUGGAGGAAAAAGAUAGACAAGAAUAUUCUGGACUGUAUGGUCAAACUUAAAGACAAGAAAUGUUGUUAUAAGAAUUGUGUGGCAGAUUUACUGAGGCUAAUCAGGAAUAUUGGGGAACACCUCCAUGAGAAGAAUGACAGGGUGAAGAAGAUACUGGAGAAGCCCGAAGAAUAUUUCCUGAAUUGUUUUCCAGAAUUAACAAUGCAUGUCUACCAGACUUACAGAGAGCUUGGAAUUCUUGACAGAAUUAACAGUUUACAUCUACUGGAACCAUGA